CCCAGUAAAGAAUGUGAAAUCCCAUCUGGGUCUUCUUUAGAAACUCGUUUUCCCUGCUCCCUUGCUGCAAAAUUGCAAAAUUUUUGCAGUUAUUUCGGGCAAAACUGGCCUAGUUGUUCGUGAGUAUUAUUUCAAUUGUUCGAUGAUGGAUAAGGAGUUUAUUUAUAUGAAGAAGAUAUUUUAAUUUGUAUCCGUUUCAGAUGAAUUUGUUCUAGAUCGUUUUCUGAACCUAGACUGAUUCAAGGUCUGUUUUUUUUGUUGAACCAAAAUAUCUUUUCUCGACAGUCAUUCUCACUCGGAAUUUUGUCCCUGCACGGUAGAGAAUGCGAAAUACCAUCUUCGUGUUCUUUAAAACCUCGAUUCCCAUGCUCCUCUGCUGUGAAUUUUCUUAGUUCUGGCAUUUAUUUUUCCGGCGAAAUAGGCCGAGUGGUUCGUGGGUUUUGUUGGAUUUCAACUGUUCCAAAUGGGUAACAAGUUUAGCUUUAAGAAGAAGGAUGGGAAGGAUGUGGGGUCGAAGAGCAAGAGGCAUGGGAGAUCGCAGCGGAAAAUGGCAGCCGAAGAGGAGCUCUUGCACAAACAAGCCUUGUCGAUGGCACUUCAUCAGCACCAGCUGUCACAGAGGUUUGAUGGAUCGAUGUCGAGGAGAAUUGGGUCUACAAGUGCGCGUUUUGGGUCUACAAGGAAGACACUCUCUGAUUCAUUCUCCAAUGGAAAGCAGGUCCCAGAAUUUCUGGAGCAUCUCAAAACAAAAAAAAUUGUUCUAGUUCAUGGAGCAGGAUUUGGAGCAUGGUGUUGGUACAAGAAUAUUGCUUUGUUGGAAGAAGUAGGAUUGCUUCCAAUUGCCUUAGAUCUCCUGGGAUCGGGGAUUGACCAGACUGAUCCAAACAGUGUAAAAACUCUGGCAGACUAUGCAAAGCCCUUGAUUGAUUAUCUUCAUAACCUGCCUGAGGAAGAACAGAUAAUUCUGGUCGGUCACAGUUGUGGAGGUGCAAGCAUCUCAUAUGCUUUGGAGUGUUAUCCAAAGAAGAUUUCAAAAGCCAUUUUCUUAUGUGGUACAAUGGUGGCAGAUGGCCAGAGGCCUUUCGAUGUUUUUGCUGAAAAGCUAGGGUCUGUUGAGAGUUUUAUGCAAGAAUCACAACUUUUGACAUAUGGUAAUGGUAAAGACAAACCCCCCACGAGUCUCAUGCUUGAGAAACAGCAGAUGAAGGGAUUUUAUUUCAACCAGAGUCCUGAUAAGGAUAUCGCAUUGGCUACAGUUUCAAUGAGACCCAUCCCUCUAGGACCAAUCAUGGAGAAGCUCUCAUUGUCACCUGAUAAUUAUGGCUCUUCAAGGCGGUUCUACAUACAAACACUUGAGGAUCAUGCAUUGUCUCCAGACGUUCAGGAAAAGCUUGUUCGGGAAAACCCACCUGAAGGAGUAUUUAAGAUCAAAGGCGGUGAUCAUUGCCCAUUCUUCUCAAAGCCACAGUCACUACACAAAAUCUUGCUUGACAUCGCCCAAAUUCCAUAGCUGAAAUCACUGAAUACAUGAGGAUUCUUCUUUGACAGAUGAUGACGAGGUUUGGGGGAGGCCAGUUUGUGUAAUUGAAGAUGGUAGCAGAAGUCAUCCAUGAUCUAUUAAUUCAGGUCGGACAUUGGGAGGGGGCCUUAAUUGGAGUUAAGUCUAGGAAUAAAGUUCAAGUUGUGGUCGAAG